CGGGGGACAGCGAAUCAAUUCUCCCCCAUCGCCCACUCGCCUCAGCCCACGCGUCCCUUCCGAUCUCCUCCUCCUCCUCGCUCGUUCUCAUGAGCCUUUUGCACAAUGAGCCGUUCGUUCUCGUCUUCCUUGCACUAUAUAUGCGCUCGCACAGAAGGGGCCGGGGACUCCGGACUCUGAACCAGCAGCCGUCGUCGCCAUGGAGAGCUCAGCCCGGCCGGACCGGAAGACUAUUGAAAAGAACCGGAGAAUCCAAAUGAAAGCUCUUUACUCGCAGCUCAUCGCCCUCCUCCCCGCGCCCUCUUCCAAGCAGGAAGGAACGGCAGCGGCGGAAGGACUGACUCUGCAGGAGAAGCUGGACGAGGCCAUAAAAUACAUAAAGGAGAAACAGGGGAAUCUGGAGAACAUGAGGAAGAGGAAGAGGCAGCUGAGUGCAGGAAUUGGAAAGCAAGCGGCUACUGGUUCACGCGAAUGUUUGCCCAAGAUUGAGGUGCAUAGAUUGAGAACGAAUUUAAAUUCUGGGUUGAAAGUGGUGAUAAUGAGCGGUCCGUGGGAGCACCAGAAGGUGUUCUGGCAGGCCAUCCGAGUGCUGGAAGUAGAAGGGUUUGAGGUGGCCACUGCAAGCUAUGCAGUAACAGGGAACAGAGCUUUCCACAUAGUUCAGUCUUUGGUCACCGAGGUUAGAACUGGAGUAGAGGCCGGCAGAGUGCUGGAGAAACUGCAAAAGACAAUAUUCGAUGUCUGAGUGGAUGAAGAGACAAGAAAGGAUAAAAAUGGUGUUAGCUCUUGGAAGUUUAUGUUCAAAAUUCAUCUUCGUAAAUAAAAUGAAGAUUUUAGAGAUCUGCCAUGUAGCGUAUGAAAAGAUUGUUAGCUCUUUCUUCUUUAAUUCUUCAGAUACCUAUAAAUCUAAUGAUUUAGAUAUUGCCA